CCAGGAGAUCAAAGAAUGUGAUGUCACUUUAUAGAGAAACAGGUCAGGCAAGCCCAGGUAACUCAGGAAGGCAGGUUGCUAAUUAUUCACCGAAGAAAGUUAGGUGUAUGGUUACAUUGCUGCAGGAGGAAGUCAGGAGGUCAAACUUUCCCAGUAACUGACUCAACUGGUCACUGCCUGGAACCUGCCGAAAGAACCCUUUCUCCCUCCCUCCCUCUCUCUCUCUCUCUCACACACACACACUCCUAAUAUUGAAAAAAUGGGAGAGACUGAAAUGAACUUUCCAAAACCUCCUUUGCAAGGUAAAAAAAUGGCCUAUCACAAAGUCAGUGGAGAUCAGAGAUCACAAUACCUAGAGAAUGAUGACUUACAAGCCACUUCCCUUGAACUGGAAUGGGACAUGGAAAAGGAAUUGGAGGAACCUGGCUUUGACCAUUUCAGGAUGGAUGGGAGGGUCUGUGAGCCAGCAGAAGAAACUCAGAACACAGACAUUGACCUGGAGCCUAUUCAGCCAUCAGCAUCUCCAAAAGGGAGGUUCCAAAGAUUGCAGGAGGAUCCAGAUUAUGUGUCCCAUUAUGCAAGGACUCCACCAAAGAGUAAUCACUGCAACUUUUGCCGGAUAUUUAAGCCAUUUUUCACUGCUGUAAGUUUAUUUAUUUUGGGGAUUUUGAUAGGCUAUUAUGGACAUGCACAGUGUCCUCCUUCCCCUACAUUAUCAGAACCAAGUGACUCUCAUAUCAGUCAGGAGAUUAUUAAAGAAAUCAAAGCAGAAGAUAUUGAACAGAUUUUCAGAGAUUUGAUACAGUUGCAUGGAAAAGAAGACCGAGAUGUUGCAAUGAAGAUUCUGGUUCAGUGGACAUCCUUUGGCCUUGAAGAUGUCCAGCUUGUAAAUUACUCUGUCCUGCUUGACCUACCAAGCUCUUCUCCAAAUUCAGUGACUCUGAAUAGUACUGGUGAAUGCUUUUAUCCUACUGGACAGCCGUGUAACAAAGAGACCCCAAAGCUCCACAGUCAAGACCUUCUGUAUUCCUACGCUGCUUACUCUGCCAAAGGAACUCUGACGGAUGAGGUGUUGGAUGUACAGUAUGGGACAGUGGAAGAUUUGCUCAGGAUUCAACAUAUGACAAAUAUCUCUGGAAAAAUUGCACUUUUGAAGUUAGGACAUCUACCUUUGCUGUACAAGCUUUCUUUACUAGAAGAGGCAGGCUUUGGAGGGGUCCUCCUCUAUGUUGAUCCUUGUGAUUUACCAAAGUCUCAUAACCUGAGCAAUAAAGCAUUUAUGGUAUCCUUAAACAGUGGAGGGGACCCUUCAACACCUGGAUAUCCAAGUAUUGAUGGAAGCUAUCAACAGAACCGAACAAACCUCACUUCUCUAUUAGUCCAGCCUAUUUCUGUGAUGUUGGCCAGGAAGCUGCUUUCCUCCCCAGAGAAAGAUGGUGAAAAUGAAGCUUGCCAGCCUUUGGAAUUGCCUGCUUCAGAAAGAAAAAUCCUCACUUUGAAUGUUCAGUCUCUUCCGACAUAUAAGACAAUGUCCAAUGUUAUUGGAUAUUUAAAAGGAGCAAUACUUCCCGAUAGAUAUGUUAUAGCUGGCAGCCACCACAACAGCUUACCCAGUUACGGUAACCAGCAGUGGGCUCACAGCACCGCAGUGAUUACUGCAUUAAUCCAAGCUUUGAUGCGGAAAGUAAAGAAAGGCUGGAAACCAGAUCGGACCAUUAUUUUCUGCUCAUGGGGACAAACAGAAUUUGGCAAGAUUGGUUCCUAUGAAUGGGCCGAGGACCUCAAAAAUGUUCUCCAGAAGAAUGCAGUGGCCUAUAUAAGUCUGCAUGAUCCCUUAAGAGGCAAAGCAGUUGUACACUCUGUAGCAUCACCUUCACUUCAGCAGCUGGCAACUGAGGUUAGGAAGAGACAUAACUUCAGCUGUCUUGGGCAAGAGAAAUGCAUGGAAGCAAAUGUCAGUUCGGUACAAAUGCAAGGUGAUUCUGAUUAUUUCAUCAACCAUCUCGGGGUCCCGGCUCUGCAAUUUUCAUAUCAGGAUUUGACAGCAUUAGAGACAGCAAGCUUUCUCUCUGAAGCUCUUCUCCCAGUACAUCCAACUGUAUACAAGGAACAGGAUUUUUCCUUUAGCCUCCAUGAAUCCAUUGCCAAGAUGACAGGAGAAGCAAUUUUGCAAAUUGCAACCAGUCCCGUUUUGCCUUUUAAUGCCCUGGAUAUUGCACUAGAAGUUCAAAAGAGCCUUCAAGCAGGUAGCAAUCUAAAUUUUGACCAGUUGCUGACAGUGGCACAUGCUCUGAGGGAGAGUGCCCAGUUGUUCCAGUCAGAUGAAAUGCGCCCAGCUAAUGAUCCAAGGGAAAGAAUACCGACCCGUGUAAGGAUGCUGAAUGAUGUGUUACAGAAUCUUGAGAAAAACUUCAUAGUUCCACAGGUUCCUCCGGGAUUCUACAGAAACAUUCUUUACAGACUGGAUGAAAGGACGCACCAAUUUUCAGUACUGCUGGAGGCGGUGGAACACUGCAAGCUACAUCAGUCAAAUGAGUCUCUUCAAGCAGCCUUGUCAAAAGUGCUCAACACCUUAAAUUCAGCUCAGGUUUCUUUCAAAGCAGGACUCGAAGUCUUUGAGGCUGCCUUGGUGGGAAAUAAAUGAUGAAAUGCUGUCUCCUGCACAUUUACGUACACAUGUAUGUGUACGCAGCACACCCAAAUACUAUCGAGAACUUUGUUUACAUUUUGCAAAGGAAAUUUUUGAGUUGGACCAAAAAAUCUGCAAAGUUGUGAUCUUUCUUUUGUUUUUAACUUUUUGGGAGGGAAGGAGGAAGAGUUCCUGUUUCAAGGCACCUCAUUGUACACUUAAAUAUAAAACAGCCUUUUGUGCUGUUGACAGUUUAUCACAUACUUCUAUUUCUGAAUGUGUGAGAGGGAGAAAGUCUUACCAUUUGAUGGAUUUUGUUGUAUUUUUUAUCUACCAGCCUUGUUUAAAUAUGCCCUCAAAAAUAGUUUUUAACAUGAGUCAUCUGAUAAAGAUUAGCAUCUUAAAAUGUAGCCAGUACCUACAUUUUUAUGCUAAACUCAAACCUCUCCAUUGUUCUACCGUUUGAUAUGAAGAACAAGCGGUAACCUACUAUCCAUCUAUGCACAAAAGCCAACUAGACAUGAAGCUGAAUCUUUGUUCAUCAUGGGUGAUGGGACAGUGUCUUCUUUUACACCUGAAGACAGCAAUAUAUCUCAAGGACCACAAAAUACUGAAUGACACACAUGCUGAUGCCAUCACCCAUGAUCUGGUACCUGGAGGUAACUCCAUAAGGGCUGGUCCUACACACAGAGGUGGACUACACCACCUUCGAUAGCUCAUUUGGUUUCAAGGCACAAAAGGAAGAUGUAUCAUAGCCUGUCUCUUUCCAUUUCCACCACCCCACUUAUUUGCUUGCAUGGAAUUCUACGUACCAAGCUGUGUGAAAUUUUUGUCAACUAUAACAACAAGGAGGGUAACUCAAUACAAGACUGAUACAUAUUGUAUCCAAGUUGGUUUCCAAAAUUGCCCUUAUUGCACUAGAAUUACAUAUGUCCAGUUGUAUUUUGAUUUACCCUACAUCCCACCCCCUACCUGCUACCCUUUGAAAUAGAGGAUAUAAUUAUAAAUCUGAACAAAUGAUCAUCAAAGCUUUUUCUGUUUCUGACAUGAUUUACCAUGUGGCAUUACAGGUGAUUUAACAAUAAAAAUAAUCCAAAACUGUCUUGUCCAUGUAAGACUAAUGAAUCCAGGUUAUGAUAUUUUU